AUGAUUCCAUCAUCAAUAUCACCUAUAACAUCGUUGUCUCCGUCAUCAUCGUCAUCAUCAUUAUUAUCUCCUAAAAUUAUACCAAAAAGAUCUACCUGCAACAAGCCAUCAUCUACACCUAAUUCAAUUAACAAUAAUAAUUCAUCUGCAAAAACAGCAAAUACAAAAGUCACCAAACAUUCUUGUAAUUGGCCUGAUUGUUCUUGGAGUUUCAAAAGACUUGAACAUCUUAAACGUCACAUGAUCACUCAUACUGGUGAACGCAAAUAUACUUGUAUCCAUCCAGGUUGUGGUAAAAGAUUCGGUAGAUCGGAUAACUUUGCUGCUCACAGUAGAACUCAUUAUAAAAAUGGUAAUACUAAGCGUCAAAAAAGAUCGAAGAUUCAGCAACAACAACAACAUAAUAAUAAUAAUCAUCCUCACACUCAUCAAAUGAUUGUUGGUGGUAAUGGUUUAGAUUUAAAUGGUAUAUCGAUGCAAUUACAUCCUCUUAAUCAUCAUCCUCAUCAUCCUCCUAUUCAUUCUCACUAUCAUCAUCCUCAUAAUCAACAUCACGGAAAUUUAGCAAAUAAAGAAACAUUGAAAAAAAAUAACAAUACUAAUGGAUUAUUUAGUAAUAAUAACCAAUCAACUUUUAAACCUUUAACAAUACAAGAUUAUCUACUAACAGAAUUACAAAACGAUGUUGAUAGUUUGUAUUUGAAAGCAGAUAAGACUGUCGUUAGUUUCAUAGAACCGUCAGAUAGUGAGUUGGAUAUUGAUCAAGAAAUUGAAAAUAUUGAAAAUUUAGACAUGCAAAGUAACUUGAUUAAUAAAAUUCUACAAAAUGCGAUAGGUAAUAAAAUAACAGUAGAGAAAGAUGCUAAAUUAGCAAUAAAUAGAUCAUUAACAACUUUCAUCAGAUUAAUAACCAAAAGAGCCAACAUAAUUGCUAAAAAACGUAGUCAUAAAAAUAUAUCGACAAGUGAUAUUUUUGAAGCAUUAGAGGAAUCAUUUAAAGAAACACAAAAACAAAAGAAAACUAAUCAUCAUAAAAAUGGACCUCCCGAAUCUUCAAUUGUAUCACAAUCACCUCCUGAUAAUGGAGUUAUAGUAUUAUUAGAAUCCAAUAAUACCUUUUUAUUAUCAUCAUCAGAUUAUAAUAAUAACAACAAUGAGGGUGAUGACAAAACAACAAUUAAGGGUGAUAAUAAUAUUGAUGGAAAUGAAGGUGGAGGUGGCGAUAACCCUUCUUCUUCUGCUGCAUCUAUGGAAUCUGUUGUUGAAUAUUUUGGAGGAAAUAAUAGUAAUCCUAUUGUAUUAGUG